UAAAGACAUUCAAGAUUCAUCCUAAUACUAUCAAACAAAUUAGUCCACCUAGCUAAUCCACUUGCUCAAUACAUCUUCUUGUGGUCUCUCUCUAACAAAAACACCACGCCAAGAAUCAUGUGGAAAAGCUUACAUCAUUGCUUCCCAUCAAAUCUCACUAAUCCCUCCUCAUCUCCCUCUGCCGGCUCCGACGAUGAUCACAACCGUCCAUCCAUUCUUCUCAUCAACAACUUUAACCUCCUCUACAACGACUCUGCCGCCGCUGGACGCCGCAUAUCCAAGAGCCUCAUCGACGCCGCACCUUCCUCCACAACGACACUCACUGCCUCGAUCUCCACCGCCGCUGAUUCUUCUUCCUCCUCCACCUCCUUGGAUGAAUCCGAUAAUUACAGUUUUUCCCCUGAUCACUCUCCCCCUCCGGACUUAACCGCCGUUCUCGCCUCCCGUCGCUUCUUCUUCUCUUCCCCUGGCCGUUCCAACUUAAUCACGGACUCGCCGGAUCUUCGCCCCCUGCUUAACUGCAAAACUGCCACUGGCACGAAUACUACUGCUCCUAGGCUUCUCACCGGAGGAACCGCCGUGAAACAAUACGUGCAAUCUCCUGAUCCUUACAACGACUUCCGGCGAUCGAUGCAGGAGAUGCUUGACGCCGUUACAGUCGCAGGAGAUGUUCACCGUAACGAGUUCUUGCACGAGCUGUUACUCAGUUACCUCUCACUGAAUUCAGUAGAUACACAUAAGUUCAUUAUCAAAGCUUUUGCCGACAUUCUUGUAUCUCUCUUGUCGGACGGUCACCGGAAAAGCUGACGUGACAUAUUUUCAUGAUGUGUAGUAGAAAACUACUCAUGUUACGUUUUUGGGGAUUAACGCUUUAGGACAAAAAAUAUUUAUGUUAAUAAAUUAUUGUGUAUACGAGAAAAUCGAGCGAGGCCUGGGGUUUUGUCUCGAUCGCGUGCA